UACCCCUUAAUUGAAUUUAUUACCGGCCGAGAUAGGUGUUCAUUCCUCCGCCGCAAACUCAGCGGCUCCUUGGUCACGCGGGCACACAUGCUGCCAUCAACGGCCCGAAACCUAAUUGCUCAGCUUCCUUCCGCAGCCAGAAUCACCGGAAGACGGUCGGCGACCGCUAGCGCGGCCUCAUCUUCCACCAAGAACCCUUCCUCCUCGCGUUCAUCAUCGGCCACUGCACAGAAGAAGAAGAAGCUCUCUGCAUCAGGUACUCGGAAGGAGCCUUCCUCAUCUUCCGCAAAAAAGGAACAUUCUGAGAAGAAACCUGCAUCCGUCUCACCGCCGUCCGCCGCCGGCGAUGCUCAGAAGAAGCUUUCAAAAUUAUCAUCCGAUGACGCCGCCUUAAAAAGUUACGUUUCCUCAAUCGGAUCCUCGUCCUCGGCCGAUACCUCCGAAACUGUUCAGUCACUUCUCAAGAACUUGAAAGCGGCCCCUCUUCAGCAAUCCUCUACUCAUUCGAAGUUCACUCUCAGUAACAUAGUCAGCGGCAGCUUAACUUCCAGUAGCGGAAAUGACAAUGAUGAAUCAGCGAAGCAGCUUUCGGCACACGCCACCGGUCUAUUGUACGAUGAGAUGGACUUGGAUUGGCAAGACGAAAGCGACGAUGACCAAGGUGUUGUGAAUGUUUUGGACUUCCCAUGGCUGUCUAGUUUGUCAAACAACAUGAUCUCAUUGCGGAGGAAAGAAGUCUCCCGGGAGAGGAAGCAGAAGUGGGUUUAUAGCAGCUCACAAGAUGUUAGGUUCAAUCGCCUGGUGCAAAUGUGCGCCAAGAAGAUGGGAACAGACACUGCCAUUGAUGUAUUUGCUAAGUUGGGAAAAGAAACUGGGCAGAAAGAAUUUCAUGCCUUAAUCAAGAUAUGCAUAGAGAACGCAAAGAAUACCACAGAUGAAGAUGUUUCAUUAGAGCAGAUUUAUAAGGCAUAUCAGAUUCUUAAAUUGAUGAGAGAAAGGGGUUUUACUAUUGAAGAAGCAACUUAUGGACAAUUCCUAAAGUAUCUCAUUGAUUCUGGAAUGGUUGAUGAAUUCUUUUUCUUCUCUCAACUAAUCAAAGAUGAGAACCCUGAUUCACUUCCUCGCUUAGCCUAUUAUGAAAUGAUUCUAUGGAUAACAGUCAAUAAUGAAGUGAAAAUACAAGAACUUUGUCAUUCUGCUAUGGCCGGUGCUGCAUCUGAAGAGAAAUCAAAGUUUCUAGAACAAAUAUUACUUGCAUUGGGAGAGAGCGACCGCAAGAAAGAGUUUAUGAUGCUUCUGAAAACUCUGGACACAACUAAGGUUAUGUCACCUACACUUUUAGAGUGCAUCUUCGGGUCGUUGGGGAAGUUUGAUCAAACAAAUUUGGCAGAAAAUAUUCUGCUGUCGCUCAAAUCAAAUGAUAAUGGAGUUGACAACAUCUCAAACUUCAUUGGUGUAUAUUUGACUAGCACACCUAGUUUAGUGGUUGAAGAUAUCAUCGAAAGAUUCCAUUCAUUGCACAAUGUUUUGAAGGUUUUGCCUACCUCAGCGUCUUAUGAAAAGCUCAUCAAAUAUUGUUGUGAACUCCUCAAGGUACAUGAGGCACUUAACAUAAUUGACAAAGCAUUGGAAUCUGGUGUUGCUUUGUCAUUGGAGACUUUUCAUUCGAUUUUGGAUGCCUGUGAUCAGAGCUUUGAUUUUGAUCUGGUUCACCAUGUCAACUUGAGAUUAUCAUCUUUUCCCAGUUUGAAACCAAACAAUGAGACCAUCAGGAGGAUGGUGCUUCUAUGUGUAAAGAUGAAAGAUUAUGAAGGAGCUUACAGAUUGAUUGACAACCUUCAGCAGAUGAAUGUGACACCACCAGUUACUGUGUAUAACACUAUAUUGGCAGGAUAUCUCCGCGAGAAAAAUACCAAGCGUGCUAUGACUGUUCUCAAGCAAAUGGAAGAUGCCAAUGUGAAGCCAGAUGCUCUGACUUACAGCCAUAUCAUAGGCAGCUGUCAAUGUGAGAAGGAUAUAAUUAAGUUUCAUGAUGAGAUGAUCAGCUUGGAAAUAAAGCCAACAAAGCAGGUUUUUAUGUCCUUAAUAAAUGCUUAUGCAGCCUGUGGACUGUUCGAAAAAGCUAAACAGGUGGUAUGUGAUAAAAGAAUACCAGUGGAGGACUUAAGUAGAAUAAAGAGUGCGCUCAUUGGAGCUCUUGCCUCAAAUGGGCACUUUUCGGCAGCUCUUGAAAUGUAUGAAGAGAUCAAGGAAUCUAAAGGUUCCCUUGAACCAAAAGCUAUUAGAUCUCUUGCCGAACAUUUUCAAUCUGAAGGAGAACUGAGCAAAUUGUUUGGGUUACUGGAUGAAUUAGAAAAUUCACCACAUUGGAUUGAUGCAUGCUUCUGGGUCAUAUCACAUUGUGUUCGAGAGGAAAAUUUUAGCUCAACUGUUGAUAUACUGAAGAAAUUGAAGGAUAAGUUCAGUGCUGAAGGUUCCUUAGAUGUGCUAUUUGAUGAGGUUUUUUGCUUGUAUGCGGAGAAAGAGGCAAGAAACAUGCAGUUUGGCCUUAAUUUACUCCAAGCUAUUAAGGAAGAAUUUGGUGUUUCCCCUUCACGAAAAAGUCUGGACUUUCUCCUUAGUGCUUGUGUUAAUGCUAAGGAUUCAGAUGCCGCCUUCAUGAUUUGGAAAGAAUAUAAGAUAGCAGGGCUGCCUUACAAUGUUCUGAGUUACUUGUGGAUGUAUCAGUCUCUUUUGGCUUCAGGGAAUGAAAAAUCUGCCAAUAAAAUACUGAAUCAGAUGCCCACAAAUGAUUUUCAUGUCCGCUGCAUCGUAAAAGCGUGUCAGAAUAAAUAUCUGAAUCAGGAGGCAUUUGAGCCGAAGGGAAAGAAGAUAAAGAAGGCACUGUCUGCCACUCUCAGACUGUUAGAUGCUCUAAAAUCCAAGUGACGAAUGUCACAUACAUCACAUGAGGUUAAAAAUUAACACACCACCCGUUUGCGCUCCAGAAUACAGCAAUCAGUCUAAGACUUUGGCAGAUUGAUGAAACAUUAAUCGUCCGAAUACCCCAUUUUGUCGAGGUAUGCCUGCUACCAUAUAUUCUUCACAUUCCAUUUAGCUAAGAGCUGCAAAAUAUCUGAAAUCAAUGACUAACUGCCCUCCACUCUAGUAAACUUUUUGCUGAUAGUUAAUUUCAAAUCUUCUCUACCCCGCGCAAUUGGCGCAGACCGGCUGCAUCGACCUGUUAGCACGGCUUGUCCUACAUAAACUAUGUUGCGAAAGGAUCGAGCUUUAUUAAAAUGAGGUAAAGUUCGAUGCCGACCUGGAAACAUAUUCAUUUAGAUGCAUCAUGCUUAAGAGGGGUAGGAUUGCUAGAAAUAGAAUGGUAAUGUAUAAGUUUUUGUAGUCUAAUCCUUUAACCAAAAAAUUUACUUUAUAUGUUUUAUAUAUCUUCAUUGAUAUACAGAGAAAAACAUGAGUCGGGUUCGUUUGGUUGUAAUUUGAGUUUCAAAUCACUACUAUUUAUUUUGUAUUUUUGGUUUGUUUA